UGUGCUCAAGGAGCAUGCAUAUUGUUUAGAAUUGUUACGUAAUUGUGAUCUAAAUUUGAAAAUGCAACUUUUUUAUUUAAAUUAUUCAUAAGAUAGAAAAUUUUCAUAUCAAACUAUAAAUGUCGGAAAAUCAUAGAUUGGAGCCGAAGUAUUUCAGCAGGAUUUUUGCAAAUUUGCAGUAUUUAAAAAAUAAUAAUGCCUCGAUUAGGGAUUCCUUAAGAAAUGACAGCGAGCGAAAUUUGACAUUCUAUCAGAAGAGUUUCUCAUCGCUUGCCGGAUCAACACUGACAGCUCUAGCAGUUACGCCACUUGAUGUAGUAAAAAUUCGUCUUCAAGCCCAGCACAAGAUACUGGACCCCCAUCAUUAUCAUCACCAUCCAGAUCAUUCCAUCUAUCUCUACAGGAAUGGGUUGAUGGAUUUUUUAUGUGAAUGUAAUCAUUGUCGGGAAAACCCAAGAACAUACCCCAGAUCCAUUGUCUACAGAUCUAUAACGUCAUCAACAUCUACAUCGUCUUUGCCAUCUUCAUUGUCGUCAUCUUUCUCUUCUCAGAUGAAAUUUAGUGGCACAAGGGAUGCCUUCCUAAAGAUAGUACAGCUAGAGGGAAUAACAUCACUCUGGAGUGGACUUGGACCAACAUUGGUUUUAUCAUUGCCACUCACAAUAUGCUACUUCCCAUUGUACGACAUGGUGAAGUACAGGAUGGGUUAUGAUGAACAGGACCCCAAGACGGCUUACAUUCCACCAUUGGCCGGCUCUCUGUGUAGAGCCCUAAUGGUCACACUCUUCAAUCCCCUCGAGCUCUUCAGAACGAAACUUCAGUCGAAGAAACUCACCUACCCAGAAAUGGCUCAGGCUAUCAAAAUUACUUUCUCCCACUCUGGUUUCGGUUUCGUUUUCAGUGGCCUGGCGGCCAGUCUUCUUAGGGAUGUACCAUUUUCCGCCAUAUAUUGGUAUGGUUAUGAGAGGAUAAAGGCAGAGAGAGUUAGAAGGAAUGGCGGACAGCGUCCUCUGUUGACGGAUUGUUUCGUCGCUGGGGCCAUUUCCGGAAGUAUUGCCGCCAUUUUGACGUUGCCAUUCGACGUCAUAAAGACGCACAGACAAAUCGAAUUGGGCACUACCACUACCGCUACAGCCACUGCUGCUGCUGCUAUGGCUACUUCUACCGCUGCUACCACCACUACUGCUAGUAUUAACAGUUCAAGGAGCAAUAGCAUAAGAGCUAACAGAAAGAGAUGGAAGGUUCCGUCAACAAUGAAGAUGAUUGAGAGAUUGUACAGGGAGAAAGGAAUAAAGGGAUUGUUUGCUGGAUCCGUCCCCAGACUAGUGAAAGUGGCUCCAGCUUGCGCCAUCAUGAUUGGCACGUACGAGGGAAUCAAAACAUUCUUCAUCAAGUACAACAUCGUAUCUCAGAGAGGGGAGGGGCUUACAUGAGAUCCUGAUGUCUGAUUGGCUGGAAAUUAUUGUUGAAAAAUUUUCACGCAAUUCCAUCGGUUGAUGGUCCCUACUUGAGUGAAUUUGAUUGGCUUGGUGGUUUUUAAUUAGAUUACUAUAAUUGGAUGGUUAUUAGUUUGAGACUUUGAAUUUAAUUGGCUAAUGUUUUUUUUAAUCUCAUUUAAAUGAUUUUGAUUAGUUUGGAGUUGAAGUUUUGGUUGUGGCUGACUGAGUUUGAAUUUAAAAAUUGAUUCUACGUUUUUACGUAUUGAUCAACUUGAAUUGUUGUUGAUGUUGUUGUUUGUGGUGAUAUCUUUAAAUCAAAUCUAAAUGAUUGAAUUAUAACUGACCUAUAUAUAUAUAUAUAUAUAUAUAUAUAUAUAUAUAUAUAUAUAUAUAUAUAUAUAUAUAUAUAUAUAUAUAUAUAUAAGAGUAGAAAGAUGUAUAAUAAUGUUAAAUGUCAUUACAUUUUAGUGAAUGUUAAUAAAUUUUUAUUAAAUUUUAUUGAACUUUGUUUUAAUUUUAUCAAACGUUUUACCGGUUAUUUAAAAUUUUCAUGACAAUCUAUCAGCUCUUAUAUUGAAAUUCG